AUAAAUCCAAGUCAUUCAGAAUUCUCAAAAUUUUAACCCACCUUAUAUAAAUAAAUAAAAUAAAUCAUACGAAAAAAUUUAAAAAUAAAUUUUAAAUAAACUUAAAAUAUAUAAAUUAUGUAUAAAUUUUAAAUAAACCAAAAAUAAAUCUCGGACAGCGCGGAUCUAGUUUUAAAUUAUUUUCCGUCAUUUUUGUGAUACGUCUAACUAACGUAUCUUCAUCUCCAUUAAAAUAAUUUUGUCUGACAAAUCUUUUUAUUUAAUUAUUUGCUCAAUCCUCAAGACUGCAAUAAUUUUCAACUUUACAUCAAAGCCCUGAGCUGUUUCUUCUAAAAGACUAAGAUCAAACCAAGAUCACAAAAUCCUUAGGAGAUCAGAUCUUGCUGUCUCAGCAUCAUCAUUAGGAGAGAAUCUCUUAAAGAAAUAUAAUACAACUAGUUAAGAGCAUCAAAGCUUUUUGAUGGACGAUUGUCGGGAGAAAAGAAGACGCUGUACGAAACUAAGAGUAAGUACUGAUAACAACGACAUGGAGAAGAUGAUGCAUAGAGAAAUUGAGAGACAGAGAAGACAAGAAAUGGCUUCUCUUUAUGCUUCUCUUCGUUCUCUUCUCCCUCUUCAUUUCAUUCAGGGUAAGCGUUCGACGUCAGAUCAAGUGAAUGAAGCGGUUAACUACAUAACGUAUUUAGAGAAGAAGAUCAAGGAGCUGAGUUUGAGGAGGGAUGAGCUGAUGUUACUGUCUAGAGGAACCCGCUUGGAUGAUUCGAAGGAUGAGAUGGAGACAAUGAAUCAUGUGGUGGUUCGUCAGUGUUUGGUGGGUGUGGAAAUAGUGUUUAGCAGUCGCUCCUGCCGUGGCCAACCGCGGCUUUCGAGUGUUCUUCAAGUUCUUAGUGAAAAUGGUCUCUGCCUUCUUAACUCCACCUCCUCUAUUGUUGAUGAUAGACUGAUUUACACUCUACAAGCUGAGGUAAAGUUAUCUUACUCCUAUAUAACUUCAGCUAUGCCGUUUUGCGUUUGCAUUUACAUGUUACAAUAUAUAUAAUUUUCAACUUGCUACUAAAACAUAGCAAUUUUUAGUUUUCAUUUAAUACUUUUACAAAAUGAAAGAAAAGUUUUUUUUUUAUGUUUUCCGUUUUGUAUUUAGUUAAUAUUAUUACUUUCAUUAAAAACUACAUGUUAUGGGUUCCUUUAUUUAAAGAUUUAACACAAUUUUAUAACAUGUCAACUGAAACACAGAGAAUAUUUUUUGAAGUCCUAGUAAUCAGAAGUUGUUAAAACGCUAGUGUAAAUAUAUAUAGAUAUCCAGAUUGAUAUGCAUGAGAUUCAAGAAUAUACUAUCUUACGUAUCCAAUAUGUGUAAGAGAUUAAUCAUAACUACUGCGGUCAUAUUUAUUUCAAGAAUACGUUUACACAUUUCACAUGUGGGUAACAGUCUUUCGGCCGCACUUUUUUAUGUAAUAUAAAUCCCAGCCUUUGUAUACGAGCAUACGACACUAUGCAUAAAGUUUAUGAUA